AUGCCUGACCAAGAUCGUGGGGACGGUAGGCGGCAACUCGAAGACCGUGGAGCAGCUUUCGGCUUUGCUCGAAGCGGGCAUGACAGGUGCCUGCGCGAGUGCUGGGAUGAGGGAAAGAGGAAAGACGGGGUGGGGAGCUGCACUCUUUGCUUUCUUCGUGAGCAGCAUGUCCGGUGGCGCAUUAAAGGCUCGCUUCCGUCCCUCUCCCCACCGUUCUGCAUCUCCUGUACUGCCGUCUGUCGCCCCCGUCCCCCACCCCUCAUUCACCCCCUGACAGCUGCACGGUUCGACUUUUCAGUGAACGACCAGGAGAACCACCAGGAGACGUACGACAACCUGCGGGAAGCCAUGAAGAAAACGCACCGCAUGUGCGCGGUUGUGUACGACACGCACGGUCCCGAAAUCACCAUUUUCAACAGCAACAAUGCCACAGUGACCAUGACAGCGGGCAGCACGGUGGUGCUGUCGGGCGACAAGGACCAACCCGUCACUGCCAACGCGCUGCCCCUCGCCUGCCCUGAGCUCGCCAAGUGUCUCUCCAUCACCAUCGUUCUGUCCUCUCCAUCAGUGUUCUUCUCUCCCUGCCACCUCCCAAACCGUGAAGCCAAGCACAUGUCCUUACACAGUCUCAUCCCUGCUCCCGUCUCUCGUGCGCCCCCGUGCAGUCUCCAAGCGCUGAAGCCGGCGGACGAAGUGUUUGAGGAGCGCUACCUUUCACAGGCAGCGAGACCACCAGCAAGCACAUGCUCUCAAUCACUCACCUCAACUCACACCACCUCCCGUCACCCCCGCCUCUACCCUCCCCAAGCGGUGAAGCCAGCGGUGAAGCCAGGGGAUGAGGUGUUUGUGGGGCGCUACCUCUUCACAGGCAGCGAGACCACGUCUGUGUGGCUCAAGGUGGAGGAGGUGAAGGGGGAUGACAUAGUGUGCACGGUGACCAACACAGCAGAGCUCCAAGGGGAAUUCUUCACCGUGCAUGCUGCUCAGGUACAGCCCGUCCCCAUCCUCUGCUCUGCUCUGCUCUGCUCUGCUGCACACAAUCACUCACACCCUUCUCUUUCACUGGAUUCGUCCCAUAAAGGGUGGGCACGGACGGGCAUGCUUCUUGCCUUUUGA